AUGAGCAGUCAAUACUUGAACGAGCCGAUCACGACCGGAAAGGUGAUUCUCCAAACGUCAGCCGGCGAGAUCGAGUGCGAGUUGUGGUGUAAAGAGGCGCCGAUGACUUGUCGAAAUUUCAUUCAAUUAUGCAUGGAAGGCUACUACAACGGAGCACCAUUUCAUCGUCUUGUCAAAGAUUUCAUCAUACAGGGAGGCGAUCCAACAGGCACCGGUCAAGGCGGUGAGAGUAUUUAUGGGAAACCAUUUAAAGAUGAAUUUCAUCAACGUUUGACGUAUAACCGACGCGGUUUACUCGGAAUGGCGAAUUCGGGCAGAGACGCAAACGGAUCACAAUUUUUCAUCACUCUCGGCACUGAGCCACAACAAGUUCGCGAGUUGACAAGGAAACAUACAUUGUUUGGAAAGAUCGUCGGCCCGACAAUGUUCAACAUGUUGAAGAUGACCGAAGUGGAUGUGGAUGCGAAUGAGAGGCCAAAAACCCUUUACAAGAUCACCGGAGCCACCGUGUUGACGAAUCCGUUUAAGGAUAUUCGACCAAGAGAAAAAGAACGUCGUGAGAAGAAAAAAGAGACGAAAGUGGUGGAAACGAAAAAAUUAAAUCUUUUAUCGUUUGGCGAUGAAGCAGAAGAGGAUGAGGAGGAGCUCACACACAUUAACAAGAAACUCUCGGGUAAAGGGAAAAGUGCGCACGAUGUACUCGACGAUGAACGCUUGAGUAAACAGGUGGCCGUGACACGAGAUGAAAUGGCUGACUAUGAGCCGGAAGACGACGAGCAGCAUCCAACAUCAAUGAGUCGAAUUCGAGAAAAGCUGGGAAAGAAGCGGAAGUAUAACGACGAGAAAAAGCCUGAUGAAGAUGAGGAUUUGGAUUCGAUUAUUGAGCAAGAGAGAAAGGAAAAAGAACAGGAAAGGAUAAAGGAAAUGGCUGGCGAGUUAAAAUCUCUUCAAAAAGAGUAUAUAAAAGCACUUCGAGGACCAAAAGAAAAGAAGACUGAGGAGAGUGAC